AUGGUCUACGUACAAAUAGCCAUAGCAUGGCACUUCAUAUCUUCGAGCAUAGCGCUCGCGCACGAAGCGGCUCACCUGUCAGCGCCGCAGAUAAUACCACAGCUGAGCCGCGAAUACCACUCGAUCGACUUCCUCAAUGUGGGGUUCACAGGCUCGUACAGUCCCGUCAGCACGUUGAAGGCGGUGGAGUCGAAGCAGUGCAGGUGCGAAACUGGGCCGCGGGUAUGGUUCAGCGGCGCCACGGCGCCGAUCGAUGAGCCAUUGUCAGUACACUUCCGCGGGCCACUCAAACUACACCGAUUUGCAUACUACACAUCAGAGCAUUUUGUGCUCGACCAACAGGCGUCCGGCAGCUGGCAGCGGGGGGCAUACUUCGACGCGGCAAGCAGGACGAGGCAGAACGCGGUGUUCCUCACGCGGGCUGGCGCGCACUCCGAGUGUCUCGGGAAGGCGUUGACGUAUGCCGCCGAGGACGGUGUCAGCAGGUCGGACCGCCCGGCAACGCUCUCGAAGCACGCAUCCUUAAGCUCGGACCAGGAGUUUGCCAUUUUCGCGGACGACCCGUGCCCGGAGUCUGGCAUCGGAAAUGCGUGCGGGGUGUACCGGAAGGGCAUCCCCGCGUACCACGGGUUCGCUGGGGCCACGAAGAUGUUUCUCUUUGAGUUUGAGAUGCCAGCGGAGACGCUUGCCCCCCACCCCAAGUUCGAAUUUUACGAUCUACCGGCCAUAUGGCUGUUGAACGCGCGCAUCCCCAGAACCGCCCAAUACCCUAACAACGCAGACUGCUCCUGCUGGGCAAGCGGCUGCGGCGAGUUCGAUGUUUUCGAGGCCAUGAAUGCCACCGAAUCCUACCACCUCUACUCCGCCUUCCAUACCUUCCAAGGAAUUGAUGACGUGGGAUCUGGCAUUCAGCCCCCCGCCUUCUUCGAACGGCGGCCGCGCGGCGUCAUGCGUGGUGGCGUGAUCUUCGACUCGGUGGGUCACGUGCGCGUAUUUAUGUCCGACGCAGUGUCAUUCGAGAGGAACAUCUCGUCUGCAAAGCUUGCAUCUAUGAUGUACCGCCUCCAGUUGUCCACGCCAUAUAAGCUGGUUCUUCCCAACGUGACGGCAGUCAGACCUAUCCUCGAAAUGACCUCCAAUGCCAUUCACUUACUCCACAAGGCAGGUAUGACCGGUUAUGUGGUUCUAACGUUAGCAUCACUUGUAUACCUAAUAAUAUAG